UUUAUGCGUAAUUUGUGAAACUGGAAAUAUAUCUUAGGCUGAUAAUUAUGCCAUAUAGCCUUACCAAUUAAAAUAUAUUUGCAUGUGGCCUACACCGAAUCAGUGGUAAGGUCAUUUACCCAUUUCUGUGUGUGGUCAGCGGCCAUUGUUGGACAAGCAGCAGCAUCCUUUUGGUCGCGGAUGCAACACAACCGUUGGGGGUGGUGUGUCAGUGAGAGUGCGCUUACAAGCGGUACCCUCCACGCAUGCGCUAUCAGCUGCUGCAACAAGGGAGAAUGCAGCAAGCCGCACUGCGCAGGUGCGUGCCUGCAGCGCAUGCAGCUAUUUUUAGCAAGUGACGUCAUCAUGAAAUAUCAGCCAGCGCUUCAGCGCCCCCCAACCCCCCUCUUUUCAGUCGGAGAUUGACAGUCAGGACGUUUGCAGCAAGAACAGCAGCACCCGACGGUCGACAGCGGAGGCGAGCCUCAGCAGCCAGCCAUCGGGCAGAGAGUGUGUGUGUGUGAGAGAGAGUGAGUCGGGCGAGGCUUGGAGGAGUGGGUUGGACUCGGGAGGGUUGAGUGUGUCACUGCACUUUCUGUACGCCAAGGCUUGGAGCUGUCCUCUGGAUACACUGGCUUGCUGGUUAACCCACACGUGAGUGUCGGGAACAGGGGAAAAACUCGUUCUCCAGCUGCCUGCAUAUUGUCCAGCACAACGUAGCCUUUGGUCAGCGCACAAACGAUUUGAGACCAAAUCAGUGGUCAGUCGUGAAGGAAACGUGAAAAGAACGUUCUAGUAGAGUGUUGAGCAUCCUCGCGCUUGUGCACAUCUCACAGAAUGGCUGACCGGGAGCAGCUGAUUCAGAGAGCCCGCUUGGCUGAGCAGGCAGAGCGCUACGAUGACAUGGCCUCCGCCAUGAAACUGGUGACUGAACUGAGCGAGCCACUCUCCAACGAGGACCGCAACCUGCUGUCGGUGGCCUACAAGAACGUGGUAGGCGCUCGGCGCUCGUCCUGGCGUGUCACCUCCAGCAUCGAGCAGAAGACGGCCACCGACGGCAACGAAAAGAAGCUGGAGCUGGUGCGCGCCUACCGUGAGACCAUCGAGAAGGAGCUGGAGGCCGUGUGUCAGGAUGUCCUCAACCUGCUCGACCAGUUCCUCAUCAAGAGCUGCGACGAGACCCAGAUGGAGAGCAAGGUGUUCUACCUGAAGAUGAAGGGCGACUACUACCGCUACCUGGCCGAGGUGGCCACGGGCGAGAAGCGCUCCGGCGCUGUGGAGUCCUCCGAGGGCGCCUACAAGGAGGCGUUCGAGAUCAGCAAGAGCAUGGCCGCCACGCACCCCAUCCGCCUGGGCCUGGCGCUCAACUUCUCCGUCUUCUACUACGAGAUCCAGAACGCGCCCGAGCAGGCGUGCCAGCUGGCCAAGGAGGCGUUCGACGAGGCCAUCGGCCACCUGGACAAUCUGAACGAGGACUCCUACAAGGACUCCACGCUCAUCAUGCAGCUGCUGCGAGACAACCUGACGCUCUGGACCAGCGACCAGCAGGACAGCGAGACCGGAGACGCCAAUCCCUGAAGGCCAGAGAGAGAGGGAAAGAAAGAAAGGAAGGAAGGGAGGGAGGAAGCGAGAGAGUGAGAAAGAAAGAUGGAAAGAACGAGAGCGAGAACAAGCGUGAUUUUCCUUCCCUUCUUCCCCAUACAUUCAUCAUCCUACCCCACCUGAGAGUGUCCCUCAUCUUGUCCCUCAGUGUCCCUGUCCUUUCUCAAUGCAGUAAGCUGCAUUAGCCAACCUCCUCUUCCUCACCCCCCCCCCCUCCUUGUCAUGCUCUCUUACUCCUCCCCCCCACUCCUGUUACACUUCCUCCUCUGCUCCUCCUCCUGCUCUGUUCUCUUUGUGUGAUGCUCCCCAAAACUCGAUCUCAGUGUUAUUUAUUUACGUUCUCUGCUCCUCUCUCCUUCUUCUUCUACUCCUCUUCCUCCUCCUUCUCCUCCUCCUCUUUCUGCGCUGCUUGGUUUGUCUUUGAUUUUUUAAUGCUGUCCCUGUCUCUCUCACCCUGAUAUACCCCUCUCCAAAUCUGUGCUCUUGUUCAUUUUUCAUGGCUUUCUAGUCUGUGGUCUUUUUUCCCCAAAUCUCUGUGCUGUGUAGCCUUAUCCUGCCACCCAUCCUUUCCUCCUCCUUUCCAAGUGAGCAAGGCGCUCUCUUAACCUAGUGUUCCUGUGAAGACCUUCUCAUGUGUUGGAGCCCUUUCCUAAAAAAUGGGUCCCUCGUAACACAUAAUACAGGCCAAGGUGUUUCCGUAGACCUAAGAUGGCCACGUGCCAAACAAGAAAAAUAAAAUAAAAUCAAGACAACCAUCCCACCAGUGUGUUAAUGUACACCCUUCCCCCCCAAACCCAAAAUUCCAUACCCUCUAAUCCAAUACCCCAUGAUCUUUCUAAUGUGCUGUCUGCUGUCCAUCUCUUUGACCUCUGACCUUUACACUUUGACCCCAUGUGUAUACACUGCUGUCCCUUGUGAAUUGUGUAAGGCACCUGUGCUUAGAGCAGCUGAUCCCCUGAGUCUGAUGUUGUUAUGGGGGAGCCCUCUCAUGCAACACAGUGGUGUAAGAGCAUUUUUGCUUUUGGUUGUAUGGAUUUGGAUGUUUUUGUUUGUUUGUUUCUCUCUUUUUUGGCAUUUGUUUGUUUCUUUUUAUUAAUUUAUUUGUUAUGAUUAUAAUUAUGAUACUGCGAGGUCAUGAAAGAAUGCCAUUAAAGACAUUGCCUACCA